AUGUCAUCAAAUUUGUUUUACGAUAGUGAUGACGAACGUGACAGUUUUGAUAUUGAACGGCGACAAAUUGAAUCGUUUCAAAAAAUAUUUUUAUCAGCAUCUAUAGAAAGUAGUGACGAUGAUGAAGAAGGUAUAAUUGAUGGUACUAAAAUUCCAUCAUCAACUAAACUUAAAAGUCGUGCUCGUCAUUCAUUUUUGGAUAUAUCAACAUUAUCAUCAUCAUCUGAUCAAGAACAACAAAUUGAUGAUGAUAAUAAUAAUAAUCAAAAUGAAGAAAAUCCAUUUGAUAUUAUUUCAAAAUCUAUUGAUAUUGAAAAUAUAAAACCAAAAAAAAAGAAAAAAAGUCUUGGUGUAUCAAAAUCAAAAAUUCAUCUUGAUACAACGGAUAUUUAUGAUCAAGAAGACGAUAGUAAUCAUAGUCGAAAUUCAUUUACAAAUAAAAUCGACGACAAUGAUAUACAAUUAAGUAAAACAAAAACAAAUAAUAAAUCUAAAGCUCGAAAGCCUACCAAAGCAGCUGUUUUAGAAACAGAACGAAAGAUGCAACAACUCAAUCGUUCUGAACAUUUGGUAUUACCGACAUUUGUACCAAAGCCAUUAGAAACAUGGCAUGCAUUAGAAAAACGAUCGCGACAAGAAUUAAUGAAUGAAAUUCGUUCAAAAAAUCCUUCAUUUACUCCACAAGAUCCUGAAUUACCUGAAUUACCAGUUGUUAAUAUUGAAUCUACAGUUAUGUCAACACUUGCUGAUUUAACAAAAUUAAUCGAUGAUAAACCAUCUAAAUCAUCAAAUACAUUAGAUAAACUUAGUCGAUUUUUAAAUCCUGAUAUAUUAAAAAAGAAACCAACAAUGUCAAAUAUAAUGAAAGAAUCAAAUACAAUGAUUGAUUUAACUGAUACAAAAAAAACACCAAACCAUCCAACUGUUAAAUCAACACUUAAUAUUUCACUUGAUUGUAUUAAAUCUCCAUCAUCGAGUAAAAAAUUAUUUGAAAUGCAAAAACAACUUGGUAUUCGAAUGCGAGCUAAACGAGCAGCUAUGUUAGCUGAAAAUCCUACAAAUAUACCAAAUAAAGAAGAUGAUGAUGAUGAUGAUAAUGAUAAUGAUAAUGAAGAAGAAGAUAAAGAAGUUGAUGAAGAUUCAACGGAUUCUCACAAUGAAAAUAACGAUGCGAAUUCAGAAAUAAUAUCAAAUAUGGAUAAAGAAAAUGAUAAUUUACAAGUUGAUGAAGAGACAAGAGAUAUUAUAACUGAUGAUGAAGAUAUUGAAGAAGUAAUAGAAGAAAAAGAAAAUUCUAAUCCAUCUGUUGAUCCAAAUCGACCUUCAUUAAAGACUAUUCUUACACGAUUGGAAUCAUCUGAUGAAUCGGUACAAAUACAACCAGCAGAACAAAAUGGUCGAACGGAAUGGUUCAAUUCUACACGUCCAGUUCAAUUUGAUUCUGAACUUGAAAUGCUUUGUUCAGGUGCAUUUGGCGAAGAAAAUCUCAUUCCUCCAUCGCAAAAUUGUAAAAGUGUUGAACCGAUGGCUUUUUCUCCAUUACCGAUAACACAAAUCGAAGAAGAAGAAGAACCGGAUAUGGAAAUACGACGUACUAAAGUUCGACAAUUGAUUGAUGAUGAUGACGAUGAAAAUGGUUCAAAUAAACAAUUGAAUAAUGGAAGUAAUAAUGUCGAGGAAAGCGAUGAAGACGACGAAGAAGAAGCACAAGAAGAUGAAGAUCUAGAGGACAAUGAAGAAUUAGUUGAUUAUAAAAAACAAUUAUUUGAAAUGGAAGCUGAAGAAUCAGGAAGUGAAGUUGACGAAAAAGAUAAAGAUAUGAAUGAUGAAAAUGAUAGUGAUGAAAACGAAGAACCAGAUGAAGAAUUACAAAAGUUUAUUGAUACGGCAGCUAUUGAAAUAGAUGAAGAUGAAGCUGAUAAUUUGGCUAAAGUACAUUUAAAAAUCAAAGCUAAAGAAGACGAACAACAAUUAAAAUUACUUAAAGAACAAUACCUUGAUUUUGAGGGUGAUGAUGAUGGAAGAAGAAUAAAAAUUUCGAAAGUGCCGAUAGAUGAUGAUGAGGAGGAUGAAGAUAAUGAUCCUGAUUAUAAUAGUGAAGCAGGAGAAGAAGACGAAGAAGAUGAUGAAGACGAUGAUCUAAUUAAUUUAAAAGAUCGAAUGAGUGAAUUAGAACGACAACGUUCAAUGCAAGAUAAUCAAGCUGAAGAACUUCAUCUUGAUGAAGAUUUAGAUAGUAUCGGUCAAAAUAGUUCUAUGUUUCAAAAAGGUCUUGCACUUAAACAGAAAAAACUUCAAAGUACAACUACAACACAUAUUGAAACAACUACUCAAACAAUAACCGAUUCCAAUACGAAAAAAACUAAUCAAACUCGUUCUGUCACCCUUAGUUCUGUUCUAUUAGCUAAACGAUUUAGUACAACACUUUUAGCACCCGUUAAUAGAAAUAAUAUAACAGUAGCUAAUCUAAAUAAUACCGAUGAAACAACAAUAACAACAAAAAAACAACACAAUCCUCGGCGACAUGUUUUUUCAACAAAUUUAACAACAAUUAGUGCAAAUGAAAAUCAAAAUCCGGUUCAAUCAACAACAUCAUCUGGUGAAAAACGAUCAAAUUCAGCUGAUAAAUCUCCGAAAACUAAUAUUAAAAGAUUUAAACAAUCAACAACAAUUACAACAAAAACAAAUGAAUCUUCAGCAAGUGUAUUUUCAGCUUUAGCAUUUUCGAAUACACGUCGUUGA